UAGCAUUAGCAAACAGCAACAAUAACAAUAUUCGAACCCAAACAGAUCCCAUUCCGAUCCAUUGUGUUGACAGACAGGGUAAAAAACAGAAAAGUGCCGUUGUCUGAGCCAAUUGGGAAACCAGUUUUUGCUUUUUUGGCAAUUCAAGUUGAUUUUCACAUUCUUAGAACAUUUGCGAAUGAAUGUGAAUGGUUAAUGCAAAUUAGACAGCAGCCAAAACUUGAUCUUCACAGCUCCAUGUCUUAGUCUGACCCAAAUUCAGAGGUGAUAAAAUUGCGUGAGUGUCGCACAAUCGGUUUAGUCGUUGACGGAACGGACGGGAACGGAACGCCCAAAUUAUGCUAAAGUCAUGUGGCUGCCGGCAGUAAAGAUAUUGAUAAUCAUCGCCUUGGCAUCUCAACCAGCUGCUGUUGUCCAUGGAGCACGCAAGCACUGGAAGCGAGCGCCAGUUCAUGGCGUAUUCAACGUUGAUGUUUAUGCGUACAACAAACCACUGUCCAAUUUGGUAGGCAAGCAGGCGAUAGCUGAACCUGGCCAGGCGCUGCCCAUGGGUCAACUGCUGGAGCAACUCUCGCAUAUCAGUCGUCGUGAAUUGACAGUGGCGAAAUCACAUUACCGUAACCUCGACACCGAUAAUUACAUGGCGAGUUACCCAGAAGUUGCCUCAGCUAAUGCAACCGCAGAUGCAGAACAGAUAAUUACGCAGCGAAAACAAUCGAACGAGGAUCUUAAACUAACCGAAACAACUGCAACUGCAACCAGCAAUAGCGAGGCAAUAAACAGUCAAUUAGCCGAGCAGCAAAUGAAUUCCAGUCUGAAAAACUCGCAUGCAAUGCGUAAUUUAUACUCGCAUGAGUUCCAUGUGAACAUGGGCAAACGGAAGAUUGUGCUGCUCAACACGCUCAGCAAGAAUGCCAGCCAGCAACAGGAUCGUAAACCAGACAGUGCAGAAGUUAUUGCGCAGCAAACGCAGCCAUUGAAUUUGAAAUUGGCAAUGCCAACACUCGAGGAGAACGAGGAGCAAGAAAAACAGGAACAGGAACACACAACAACACCGAAAAUGAUCGAAAAUUUGAGCACAGCAGAGAUGCUAGUCAAGCCGGACUCUGAGCACUCUCAAGCAAUUAGCACAUUAGAUGAAAUGGAAAGCAUGAGCAGAGAGUCGACAACUGAGCAGCCUAAUAAGAGCAAUGCCAAUGAUGGCACUGCUGGCAUUGAUGACAGCAAACAUGGAGCAAAGGAUGCGAACAAUAUGACGACAAUUGAAGCAGCUAAUACAGCUAAUGCAUAUGACAAGGAGCAACUGAUGCCGAAGCCAGAGUUGCAGGUCGAGAAUGAGGCUGAGACUGAUGCUGAUGGUGAGCAUCACCAUUCCACGAAGAAGAACGACAGUCGGCAUGACAAUGAUGGACAAGCAAAUGGCAUCAAUGCUGUGCUUCAACUCGAGUCGAUGCCACGACCAGUUGCUGCUGUAGAUAAGCCUCUCACUAUUCCCAAGUCCAGGCGAAAGCAAACAAAACCAAAAACAAAGAAGAGACCCAAUGAAAUUGAUACAAAGCCGACGACUUCGAGUAGCAGCAGCAGCAGCAGUGGCAGCAGAAUCAGACCGAGCUCUGGAGCAAUGCUGAUGGUUGGGACAGCAAAUGUCAAGGCGCCAGUGAAAGUAUCACCGGAAAUCAGCACAACGACGACGAGCACACACGCCCCCAACACUAAAAAGAGCAAGGGAAAGGGGAAGGGCAAGCGGAGGAAGGGUUCACAACGUCGACCCAGUGGCAGUCAGCAGGAGUUGGAGCAGGAAAUCGAAACUACGACAAAUUGGUGGCAGAUACUACCAUAUGCGGAAAUUAGAAAAUUUUUGAAUACGAUUUAUGAUAGCAUCACCGAGGAUGACGAUGACCGUCGCCUUGGUCGUCAUCAUCAUGAUAAUGAUCAUCCAGCCCAACGGAUAUGACUGUGCAACCAGUUCUAUUGUCAGGUUUUGGGAACAGCGGGGAACGGCAACAACAAAACUGGUGUCCAGCGAGCGUUGAAUUGAAUUUCCGUUCAAAUGAGCCCAGUUUGCUGUCCAGUUGUAUGUUAGCUGUUUGGUAGGGAUCGGGGUAAGUUUUUAGUGUUGAUUACA